AUGCUGUUUUUGCUUCUUUUAUACUGUACAAACUUAUUAACGACAAAUUCGCUUGGAGCAGUGCUCUUUGGAUACGGUAUUGAGCAUGGCGAUCAGGUGCUAUCAUUUUCAAAUGAUUCAUAUGCUAUAACAUUGGAUGUGCCAAUAAUAUAUUUUGAAGAGAAUCAAAAUGAAUUAUUCAUCUCUUCGAAAGGUAUUGUAACAUUUGGUAAAGCUGCCGAUUUUGCGGAAAUAAUCGAUUUGGAUCAGAAAAAAAUUAAUGCAAUUGCAAUAUUUUAUGCUCCAAUCAGUGCUGGAAAAAUUUUUUAUCGAGCAACUUCAAGUGAUACAGAUUUGCUGAAUGACUUGACGAAUAAAAUUCGAAAAAAUUUUCCAAAUCAAGAAUCAACUGAUUUCACAGCUCUUCAAGCUAUCGUGAUAACAUGGAUUGAUGUAAUGAGAGAAGAUAUUGAGAAAGGUUCAAAUCAAUUUCAGAUGGUUUUAGUAACAGAUGGAAUGAGCUCUUAUGUUUUUCUCAUUUACAAUCAAAUAAAUUGGACUGAAAAAGAUGGUCAAUUUGCGCAAGCGGGAUUGUACUUCUCCGAUGGCCGUCGCGAAACGAUGGUCAAUAGUGGGACGCCCAAUAUUAGGGAACUUGUAAACUUAUCAAAUAAUCAAAAUGAAGGUACUUACAUUUUCCGAAUAUCAGGUGCUACACCGGAAGAUCCACGGGGAACAUUGAUUGAGGAUGAUUAUAGUUACAGUGAUUAUGAACCGGAAUAUGACUCUGACAGUGAACAUAAACGGCAGCAUAAGCUACUAUCAGAAUAUUGCCCAACAGACUCGUAUCGUGAUCAGUGUCCAAUGGAAUGUCAAGUACUGACCAACGAUCGUGGAUGCUCGCUUUGUGUUUGUGCACAACCACCAGAGUCUGGCAAAACAGGGAAGAAAGAUGAUGAAGUAAGCAAAAUUGUAGUGCCAAGUCAAGGUGAGGAAAUUAAUGCAAUAUCUGAAGAAACUACAAAAUCAAAAUUGAUUGUUUCAACGGAUUUGGAAAAUUUGGAAUCAAUUCAGGAUGUUGAAGACAUUGAAUUAAGUUGUGCUGUUGCAAGUAGAAAAAUGCAACCGUGUAGUUUGUAUGCUAAAUGCAUUGAUUAUAAUCCGGGUUACUGUUGUCAGUGUUUAGCAGGCUAUUACGGUAACGGUGAAGAAUGUUUGAAAAACGGCGAACCACAAAGAAUUAAUGGUGGCUUUGAGGGUGUGAUAAAUGGAAAAGAAAUGGAUCGAACUGAAUUACAUACAUAUGUAAUGGUUGAAGAAGGUCGAAGUUAUACGGCACUCUCACGAAUACCACCGGAACUUGGAAGAUCGUUAUUGUUGUUGAAUGCAAUUGGUAGUGCUAUGGGAUGGUUAUUUGCUAAGGUACUUUCGCCAACAUCUUAUAAUGGAUUUAUGAUAACAGGAGGACUUUUUAAUCGUACAGUAAAUGUUCAUAUUGGUGAUCGAUAUGCAGUAACAAUCAGACAACAAUUUUCUGGCCGUGACAUUUAUCAUUACUUUAAAGCACAUAUGUUCAUAUCAGGGACGUUGCCAACAUUAGCGGAAGAUGCGGAGAUAAGUUAUUCAGAUCAUGACGAGGAAUAUAGACGUGAAGGACCUGGAUUUUUGCGAUCAUAUUCAUCACAAAUGGUAAAACUAAAGGAAGGUGGUGUGGAAACACAAAUGAAACUAUCAACUGACCAACAAAUACACUACAAAGAAUGUCCAUUUAGAGAGUUCACUGAAGAUCCCGUAGUCGUAAUUCACGUUACUCGGAUUCAUGUUGUUUAUGAUGUUGAAGAACGUAUCGUACGUUAUGCAUCCGCAAAUACGGCUGUAAAUCGUGAUGAUAAUCAUCAAUUACCCUAUAUUGAUCAACAGUCACAGCAACAGCACUACAGUAACCAAGAACAUCAGCAAAAUGAAGAUGUUGAAAAUCAAAGACCAUCAUGUACCAAUUGUAACCAAAAUGCUUGUGAAAGUGGUCGACAUUUAUGUACAUCAUCAAAUAUGAUUUGUAUACCAGUCGAACGAUCGUACCGUUGUGAAUGCAUAAAAGGAUAUCAGAUAGAAUAUGACAAUGAUACGGAGCUCGGCUGGAAAUGUAUUG